AUCUGUCGUUAUAACACAGAGACACGCGGAUAUACAUACACACACACACAAACACACGAAAAAGACAUACUAAUUGGCAUCUUCGUUCUGUUCCUAGGAUCAAGUCAUUUGUUCUUGUAUUUUCUCAUCUAAAUUCGAAUUUUAUUAUUUCCUUUUUAGUCCUAUCCAGUUUCCAACGAUGCCAAACGCUGAGAUUUUCUUGCCCAAGAAAGAGUUCGACUCCGAGGAAUCGGAAAGUUUAGCAGUUUUUUCAACGCCUCAAGAUCCAGAUUCAUCUCCACGUGAUCAAAAUCUAUCAGGAGGUCCCUCAAAAAGAUCCCAGAGCGGACAAGGACAAGAGCAAGAUAAGGAACAUGAAGAGUUGAGGGAUCGAACGAGAAGAAAGAGAAAGCGGGAGGGCGAAUGUGGGGUCUCUCCGUUGCAGAUUCCGGUGACGUCCGUCGUGGAGACAUCGCCGGCGGGAGAAUAUUCCGGCGAAGGGUACAAGACGUCGGAGGAGAUGAAUCCUUCGUCGCUGGUGGACGUGGAGGUGAGAAACCCUAGGCGUAGUCGCGAUCCGCCGCCGGCGCCAAGAAAGCCUAAAGCAGCUCCGGCGAUGAAACAGUUUCGGAGCUCUCUCGUUCUUCUUGAUGUUUCUCGAGAAGUCGAAUCUAUGUUUCCUCUGUCUGUUCUUCAAGAUUUCUGUGAAAAGAUCAGAAAAGCUGGAUCUUGAAGUUUCACAUACAUAUAUACACACACACACACAUAUGUAUGUACGAACACAUAUUUGGUUGAAUGUUGAUGCAUGCAUAACGUCUUUCACCUAUAUAUCUAUAUAUGCGUGUGUGGUUACACCACAUGAGUUUAAUUUUGGCUUUAAGAUUAAUUUAUUUCAUGUCUGAUAUAUUUGCAUUGCAA